CCAGGUAAUCGACGCUGAAGUCAACGAUGGUGGUGUGGGCAGACAAGUAUUCCGGAGCAAGUAGAAUCCGCUGUGCAUUCGAGCAGUCGAGCACCGGCCUCUCACCGUCGCGAAGCGUUCGUUCCUCUCUCGUUCGGCUCUCUCGAGCGUGCCAGGAAACGAGCAGCGGCUCGAGCGCGUUUUCCCUCGUCUGCCAUCAACGGGAACGAGUUCUUGCACUGCUCGCGACGCACCACGUCGUCCGGAGUGGCUCAUAGGGGUGAUGUGAAGCUGGGGUACGCAGCUCGCGAAGAUCACGUGUAGAUGUAUGUGACAAUCAACGCGGGAAUACUAUUAGAUUCCAGAUCGAUGGAUCGAUAGGCAAGAGGAUGACCCCAUGACAUGAGAGAACGACUUUGAAAAUGAUGCGGAGGAGCAGCAUGAAUAGACAAGGAGUCUGCAACAACGGCAAAGGAGCACUGGUCCUGCUCCUCAUCGCAUUGGCUCCUGUUAUCUGCUCCGCCGGAAUCCUGGACCCUUGGCAGUGGGCGCGCAGCGACCGGAUCGAAGUCAACAUACCUUGGCUGCCUUUCGAGAAUGAGACGCGAUGCUACGAAGAGCUGGGCUGCCUGAACAUCACCAGGAGCUGGUACCACCUCAUCCAUCGUCCCCUCAACGUUUUCCCGCUGCCACGAGAGGUCAUCAACACCAGGUUCAUCCUCUACACGAAUCAGAACCCCUUGGAUGGUCAAAUAUUAAAAGUGGCCAAGGAUAAAUCCAUUGGGAACUCGAACUUUAAUCCUAAGCGAAAAACGAAAUUCAUCAUACACGGUUUCAUAGACACGCCACUCAGCAACUGGGUGAAGGAGAUGAGAAACGAGUUGUUGGUGCACGGUGAUUACAACGUUAUCGUGGUCGAUUGGGCGGGUGGCAGCUUACCUUUGUACACUCAAGCGACAGCGAACACGAGACUGGUCGGACUCGAAUUAGCUCACUUGAUCAAGCACUUGCAAACAAACUACGGCCUGGAUCCGAAUGACGUGCACUUAAUUGGACAUAGUCUUGGUGCCCACACAGCUGGUUACGCGGGAGAGAAACUGAGCGGCAAUAUUGGCCGCAUCACCGGUUUGGACCCUGCGGAACCCUACUUCCAAGGAAUGCCGAACCACCUUCGCCUGGAUUACACGGACGCCAAAUUAGUGGACGUGAUUCAUACUGACGGAAAGAGCAUCUUUUUCUUAGGUCUUCCAGGAUACGGGAUGAGCCAGCCAUGCGGGCACCUAGACUUCUACCCGAACAACGGCAAGGAGCAACCGGGGUGCACGGAUUUGAGCGAGACCACACCGUCGUUGCCUCUGACCCUGAUACGCGAGGGCCUCGAGGAGGCCUCGCGCGUCCUGGUCGCCUGCAACCACGUGCGCGCACUCAAGCUUUUCAUCGAGAGCAUCAAUUCCAAGUGCCAGUACGUGGCACAUGAGUGCUCGAGCUACGCUAGUUUUCUGCGAGGCGAGUGCUUCUCCUGCAAGAGCAACAACAGCUUGAGCUGCGGCGUGAUGGGCUAUCACGCGGACAACAGUCCGGCUCUGGUCAAACGCCAGGCCAUGGGACAGGAUAUGUCGUCCCUGCUGGGCUCCAAGUUCUUCUUCAUGACCGGCAAGGAGGAUCCGUACUGCAGAAGGCAUUACAGGAUCACCAUCAACCUCGCCCGUCCACCGACCGCGGAGAGCUGGGUGCAGGGCUUCAUGAAAGUCACUCUCCACGCCGACAAAGGCGUGAUCCGCAACAUGGACCUCACGCCCAGCGGUUACAUGAAACUGGAGCACGGAUCGACCGCGCGGAUGGUCGUGGCUCAUCCAACCGGUUCCAUAGGCAACAUAGGCAAGGUGAGGCGGGUUGAGCUCUCCUGGGUGUACGAUAUGGACGUGUUGCAACCAAGAUCUCUGUGCUUCUUCUGGUGCAACGACCGCCUAUACGUUAACAGCGUCAGCGUGGACGCCAUGGAUCUUCCGGGCAGAGGAAAACGAGAGGCGGAUUUCUCCAGUAAGCUCUGCUCGACCAGCAGGCAGGAGUACGCGGAGAUCGCGAGCGGGUCCACUGCCUCGUUCGUCGACAACUGCUGACGCUCCGCUCCACGUUAGGAGAGCGCGUUCCAAGGCAGCGCGAUAAUUAUAAAACGUCCAGCAGAGCUGCUUCCACCCUGAGGCGGUUCUCGAAAGUUGGACGAUGAUGAAGCGAAGUAGAGGGAUCGCGUACCCUCGUAAUCUCGUGAUUCCUUUCGCUGAUGAUGAAUCAGUGGGCGUUUUAUGUGUUUGGCUUUCUUCCUAUUCAUCGCGGGCAAUUCGUCGCUUUCUUCAAACACAGGCACACAGGCUCCGCAAGCCGCUAAUUAACACUGUCUGUACUUUGAUCCGCGAACGGACCAAGCGUAAUCUCGUAAUCACGUGGACGAUGGAUUGACGCAAUUCUCUCGCCGAUUUAUACAAUACGCCUAAUCGAGUUCCUAGAGAUUCAUUAUGUCGACAAAGAGCAAAUCCUAACCGCGCGUAAUGCCACUUAGACGCGACGAUUAUGAAAACAUUAGAAACGUAGGAAUUGGAAUUCUCAGCGAGCAGAAGCGAAAUUAGAGAACAAAGUGAACAAAGUUUUCUUCGCUCGACCUUUCGCUAUUCUGCUCGAUAAUAUAACGAAAGAUUUCUUCAGUAUUAGUACGAUCUUGAUUACUAUGUACAUGUUGUAUAUAACGUUAGAUGUAACAUUAAGGAUAAUUUCUUUUUGAGAUGUGAUUAUCGCUAGUUUUUAGUGAUCGCUAAUGCGAGGCUUUUAUCAAGCCGUCGAUCUUUGUACUAUAUAUUGAUACAUAUAUUUUUUUACGCAAUGGUUGUUAUAUUAUUAUCAUAUUGUCUUUCGCGAUAUAAAUAUGAUAAUAGCUUGUGAUAUUUUCUUAUGAUUGUAAGAUGCGCGGCAAUGAGGCGAUUCAAAGACGGUCUAACUAUUUUGCUGCUAUGUGCUCAUAGCUUUUAUAAAUAAACUGUACAAAACCCACAAUGAAAGGCAAUAAAAGUACUCGAAACUGUUUUAUA